AUGGCACCACAUCAGACCGUGGUCAUGGACAAUGGGGGCUGCACGAUCAAGGUCGGUCUAGCCGGCGACCUGUCCUCCCUCAGGAUGAUCCCGAAUUGCACAGCCAAGGUCAAGGGGGAGCGCCAGGGGUACAUAGCGGACACCGUCCUCGCCUUCAAAGAUGUCCUCUCACUGGUGGUCAGAAGGCCGAUCGACCGCGGCUACGUUGUCUCCUGGGAUCUGCAGCGCGACAUCUGGACCAGAGUUUUGAAGCAUGUCGUUGGAGUCAACGCCUCCACCAUCCGCCUUGUGCUAACAGAGCCGCUGUUUAACCUGCCUGCAUUGCAUGACACCCUUCUUCAGGUCCUCUUUGAGGAGAUUGGCGUCCAAGAGGUGUUCAUAGGCCCCCCUCCUGUGUUCAGUCUCAGAUGGCAUGCCCACUGCCACCCAGGCUCCUUGGCCAACACAGCAGGCUGUGGACUGGUGGUGGAUGCGGGCUUCAGCUUCACGCAUGCCGUGCCCGUGUUUGACUGGAGGGUGUUGCAGCCGGCCGUGCGGCGCAUCGAUCUGGGAGGCAAGGCCCUGACCAACCACAUGAAGGCCCUUGUGUCAUACAGGAGCAUCAACAUGAUGGAGGAGACAUACCUGAUGGAGCUGAUCAAGGAACAGCUUUGUUUCGUCUCCCAGGACCCCCAGACCGACUUGGCGGCCUCGCGUGGCAAGGCCUCCCGGCACAGGAGGGUCUAUGUCCUGCCCGACGGCGUGUCUGACAAGCUGGGUCACGUGCUGGACGAGGCUGGGGGCGAGACCAUGCCCAUCCAAAAGGACACGGCGCUGGUGGUGAAUAGUGAGCGUUUCAUGGUGCCCGAGGCGAUCUUUCACCCAUCAGGGAUUGGCUUGGAGCAGGCGGGCUUGGCGGAGACCAUCGCCGCAGCGGUGCAGGCGGCCCACCCCACCCUCCAUGGCCUGCUCUACUCCAACGUCCUCCUGACAGGUUCAGACCGGGAUGUACCAGCGAUCAACCAGAACAACCACACCGACCCCUGA